GGCUGUUGCUGAGUUUGUCUCUCCAAUUUGUCUGAUUUCCUCCUAUAGUGUUCUCAAACAGUGUAAAGAUGUGGAGCUCUCCUUCAGUGACGUGACGGGCAAGCCUGAAGCCUUCAAAGGCACCAAGAAAGGGAUGCUGUAUCUCACCCCGUAUAGGAUGAUCUUUGUGUCGAAGGGCAAGGAUCCUAUGCUGUCUUUCAUGAUGCCGUUUUAUUUGGUGAAAGGAUGCUCGAUUGAGCAGCCUGUUUUCUCUGCCAAUUACAUCAAAGGACAGAUUCAGGCUGAGGCAGGAGGUGGCUGGGAAGGGCAGGGUACAUUUAAACUGACUUUCAACAGCGGAGGAGCCAUUGAGUUUGGACAGUUGAUGUUCAAAGCUGCCUCUAAUGCUUCCAGCGGCGUUCCUCUCCAGAACCCUGGCUACGGCUAUACACCUGUGCCCGGAGGGUACCCACCCGCCCCGCCUGCUCCAGGGGAGUAUUCGCCCGCGCCGGGGGGCUAUGCUGCCCCUCCGCCACCAAACGGACCGUAUCCUUAUGUACCACCUCCGAUGAAUGCCUAUGGACCUGCUCCACAGCCCAUGGGAUAUCCAUACGCCCAGACUCCAGGUAUUUACCCACCACUUCCAAACAUGAGCUCCAUGUAUGUGCCACCUCCUCCUCCCUACUCUGGACCAUCCCCUGCAGGACCCUCAGCCCCCUCAGCUCCCCUGGCCUGGGUGGGCCCAGGGACACCAGGGGGCAGUAAGGCCAUGGAAGCCGCUUCCAGUGCAUAUUACAACCCUGCCAACCCACACAAUGUGUACAUGCCCAUGGAUCAGCCACCUCCUUAUGCACCUCCUGAGGAUAAGAAGAACAACUAA